UGACGUGAUCUGAUGGCAUGGGCUAGAUGGAUAACCCGUGGAUUCGUCGUGGGCGUGGAUUAGUUAGUGGCGGGACAGGGAUGCGCGAGCCAUGGCGUAGUGGGGGAAAGCGGGGUGCCGAUAUGCCGCGGAUGGCGAAGCUCGGUGGUGGAUCAACAGCGGUAUCCACUCGUGGCUGGGCAUCGAGUAUCUGGAGGUUUUUAGCGCGAUGAAGUGCUGGGACUGAGGAAUUAUGUAAAGACUCGCGACUCGGAGAAAGGCUCCAUGCCCGGAAGAUGGCUGCGUGUCCGAAUAAUAAAUGGCUUCCAUGGGUAGAUGGGAAGGUCGGAAAAGAGGCGCGGACGAGGCAAACAAGCCAUCCGCAUUCGACGAUCCCUCGCGCUGCUCUGGAGCAGAGUACUCUGCAGUACGUGUGCGGCAGGUGAUUAGUCUCCUUACUUACUUAGGUCUUCAAUGCGCCCGCCUCAAUUAUCCGCAUGGGCUGGAUGGUGGGGAAGAAGCUCAUCCCUUCGCGUUCGGCGCUUUCGCCCAAAGCGGUCGACAGCACUGCUAUCCGGACUUUCCCCGGCCGGACUUGUCGGCACUCAGGACAGUCCACGAGGCAAACACCAUCGUGAACCCUCCAUAUGCAAUUGACGAUACCCGGAGCUUCCAUUCCACGGCCGCCAGACCGCCCUUUGCGCUCGACCGGCCACUUGAGCGGGUUGGUUUAAAAGGAAAGCGUGCCCACUGCUCGGAUACAUUCUCUUCUGCAUCCGCUCUUCCCGCUUCAACAACGCCCUCCUCGUCUCGACAGCUAAGCAGCAUUCUGCCGCCAUCCCAUCCGAUGAUGAUCGCCGGCAUUGAUUUCCGCUGCUGGCUGUUGUCUGCGGCGGCAAAGAUAUUGCUGCAAUCGUGUCAUUGCUGGCGAGCUGCACCAGAUAUCAUAUAAACUCUCGCUGUCCCCCGCUCAUCGGUAUAAGACAACCCACUGACUCUUGAGUU